AAAUCCCCCUAAAAGUCAUACAACAUGUGGGGCCAAAACAGUUCCUUCUUUCGGUUUUGCAACCUUUACUUUCGGCAGCAGCUGCCGGAGGAGCAGCAACAACUGGGGCCUUCCGGCAAGGAGACGUACCGCGACACUACUAACGAUGUCUGGAACUACGUCGUGUUUGUGUCCUUCGUAGUUAUAUCGGCACUGAUACCGAUCCGGAAGCGGCUGUGCCGUCGAAGCACGAAUAGCAAGAGCAAGCAGGACUAUGUGUUUGGAGCGGGCCAUAUUUCCACACUGGCGAUGAUGCUGUCGAUUGCACGGGGAACACUUGGCGUGAUCUCGGUGUUGGGGUAUCCGAGUGAGUUCUUCUACCGGGGUUCGGCCAUGUGGGAAUCACUGUACGGUGUGAUCACCGCGUAUCCGAUCGUAUGCUUCGUCUUCAUACCGGUGUAUUUCGAUCUUGGCAUCACGUCCGUCUAUCAGUAUUUGGAGUUGCGCUUCAACAGUCGUCUCGUGCGUUGUCUAGCGUCAGGGACCUAUAUACUGAGGACACUGUUGAGCUUAGGCGUUACCAUCUACACACCAACUGUUGCACUAAACACUAUCAUUGGUGUUCCGUACUGGGUGUCGUUGCUUUCCAUCACGAUCAUUAGUAUCUUCUUCAAUGCCCUCGGUGGCUUGAAGGCGGCUGUUGCUGCAGACGUGAUACAGAGCCUCAGCAUGACGGCUAUGCUCGUGGGCAUCAUCAUUUACUGUGCCGUUACGGUUGGCGGUGUGGAUAAGAUACUGACGAUCAGCUCGGAGAAUGAUCGUUUUGCGUUUUUCAAUUUUGCGGCCGAUCUUCAUCUGCGUGUGACGACAACGUCUGCCUGGUUGGGAGAGCUGUUUAACUCGCUCAGUCUGCUCGGCUGUCAGCAGAACUUUGUCCAGCGGUACCUUAGCAUGCCCACGUUCAGUCAGAUACGGCGCACGCUGAUGCUGAACAUUCCCGUCGUGAUACUGCUCUUCUCGCUGCCCUGGUUCGUCGGGAUGGCGAUCUACGCCAUCUACUGGCACUGUGACCCGCUGAAGGCGAGCGUGAUUGCCAAGAUGGACGAAAUACUGCCUUACUUUAUGGUGGAUCGCUUCGACAGUGUUCCCGGUGUGUGGGGUAUCUUUGUGGGGACACUGUUCAAUGGAGCGCUUACACUAAAUAUUUCCAACAUAAACUCACUGGCAACUGUGACCUGGGAGGACUUUCUCUCGCUAGUACCGGCACUGCGCAAGAAGAGCGAUAAGCAUCAGCUCAAUGUGAUAAAGCUCGUGGGCACGAUCUAUGCGGUGGUGAUCAUGGGCGUAGGCUUCAUCGUUGGUCUACUGUCCGGAGUGAUCGAAUCCUCGAUGUUGAUCAUCUCGGCCACUUCCGGUCCACUGUUGGGUGUAUUUGUGCUGGCCAUGUUUAUACCGUUCGCAAAUUGGAAGGGUGCUGCCAUGGGCAUGAUAGCGUCCCAUUUAUCGAUCUUGUGGAUCGUGGUCGGACGGCUGGUGGAAAGUAACGUUAGCGACACGCUGCUGGAAACGUCGAUCGAAGGCUGUUACGCGGAUUUGAUGGAGGCGCAAAAGAAUGCAUCCUUGUUGGUGGUAACACUGGACGACGGUAUUAAUGUGGUGGAGACGAGCAACCUGCUCAGUCGAAUCUACUCGAUCACGUACAUGUACUACGGUGUGUUCGGUACGGUGCUUACUGUGCUGGCAGGAAUCGUGAUCAGUCUCGCCACAUGGAGCAGUCACGAUCAGUACAACAUGAAGAUGUUACACCCAGCUGUACGGUGGUUGUACUCACGCUGCCCGUUCAGUGGUAAGCACUUUGGUUCGUUCGAGGUAGCGGCUAGCUAUGGUGCAUCCAAUAAGGAAACGAUACCAAAGUGCUGAUAAU